AUGACCAUCACAGAGUUUCUGGGAUGCUCAGUGGCUACCCUUGUUGAUGCAGGCAUUGUCGAAUUAUUGAGUGAAAAUAGGAAUGACUAUGGAAAAUAUCGGCUCUGGGGAUCGAUCGGCAUUGGAUCAUCAGCUUUCCUCACUGGGGCAGUGAUUCAAAGCAGUGCCUAUUACUAUUGCCAAGAUCUACACAAGAAGUACUAUCUCAUGUUCUAUAUUGUAUUUGGAUUCGUCUUUUUCUCCUUUAUCCCACUGAUUUACUCAAAACAUGUCUAUUCUGAGGAGACGAGGGAAAAUUMCAAAUCGGCUGGUUCAAAAUUGACAACAAUUUUUUGCAGCAUAAAGAACSUGACUUUCUGGAUAACGGCGUUUAGUCUCGCCAUCCUUGACGGCUUUCAGAUGGAUUUUGGACCGUGGUUUAUGGAUGACCUGGGCACAAGUCCUGUCGUAAUUGRCAUAGCAACAACCAUGCAUUUUACCAUUAAUACUGUGACGUAUGCGAUGUCUCCAUACAUCAUCAAUAGGUUUGGUCACAUGUUUGUCUUGUCAUUUGGCCUUUUUGUAGAUAUCGUUGUAUUCAUAUUAUUCUCGAUGGUCGAGCGUUCUUGGCUUGCAGUAGUGCUGUUCUCAUUGUCUGGUUUCGUACCCUCACUGACCUGGUCAUGUGGAAUUUCCUACGUUGCUAUGGUUUCKAGCCCUUUGGGCGUUGUGACUACUGCAGAAGGUCUCUUCCAUGCCAUAUAUAGCGGUAUUGGCAUUUCAUUUGGUACAGUUAYAGGGGGUAUUGUCAUUGGAAGUCUCGGUAUUCGAGCAGCUUUUCAAGUAUUAGCAGGGCUGUCUGCCUUCAACCUGAUCACAAUGAAUGUAGUUCUAYAUAUCGAUAAGAAACUAUCACAGGACUCUUCGUAUGAACCCCUGAAGACUGCUGAAGAUGAGUAAUAGCUGACAG